AUGUCAGAUGUCACUGACUCUUCUUCUUCUACUCCUAUUGUGACGGUUCAUACCGAAUCGUCCACCAACCAACCUAUGGGAUUCAAAUUGAAUGGAUCCAACUAUGAGAUAUGGGCUUCGAUGAUCGGACUCCAUGCUACCACACAAGGAAAAUUGGGUUACCUAACUGGCGACACUGAUGCCCUUGAUUCCAAAGACCCGAAAUUUGGGAAGUGGAAAAUUGCUGAUGCUAUUAUGUUUUAUGAUGACUCUGACAUAUCUCAACUCUAUGAACUGCGGUGCCAGGCUACCCGUCUCAAGCAAGAGGGUCGUCCUGUCUCUAUCUAUUUUGCCGAACUUAAGGCAAUCUGGCUUGAAUUGGACAAGAGUCAUCCUUUUCAGAUGAAGUGUGCUGAUGAUAUGAAGACUUUUCAGGCUGCUGUUAUGGCAGAUCGUGUGUAUGAUUUUUUGGCUGGCCUUGACGAUACUUAUGACAAGGUCCGAAGUGAUAAAGUUCCAAGUAUCGAAAAUGUAUUUUUAAUGGUUCGUCGAGAGGCUCAACGCCAGAUUACUAUGCUCGGAUCCAGCACCAAGAUUGGGGAACUUGUUGUUGUGUUUGCUUCCAAAAACACUUCUUUGGUUUCUCAGCGUACAGGGUCUGGCUCUUCUGUUGUUCCGCCUCGUCGCCUAACUUCUGCAGAAAAAAACAAACUGAAGUGUGAUCACUGUGGUGAAAAGAGACAUACUAUCUACACAUGCUGGGCAUUACAUGGGGUACCAGAUUGGGAGAAGGAGCGGAGACGUUUAAAAAAGAAACAACUGGAUAGCAAAGCUCAUGUGGCUGUUGCCCCUACUUCUGUGGCUGACCACCUUACUACUACUCCUCCUCCGACUUUGACCGCCGUCUCAAGCACUCUAACACCUCCACCUCCAGGUAACUUUGGCAAGGCUUUCCAUGCCCAUGAUACCCGAGAUACAGGUUGGAUUAUUGAUUCAGGAGCUACUGACCAUAUGACGUAUAAUUCUGCUUUAUUCUCUACUACUCUUCCGCCUCAUCGUGAUCAUGUUCUGACUGCUAAUAAUGAUGCUGCUCCUGUCACGAGGGCUGGUUCUAUACUCUUGACACCUACUUUACCAUUGGACAAAGUGUUACUGGUUCCAUCUUUGUCUAGAUAUCCAGACUUAGGAGAUCUUUGGUCGUGGGUGUACUCCAUGAGACUACUUGCCCUCAAACACCACAACAGAAUGGGGUUGCUGAAUGUAAAAAUGGGUAGAUCCUUGCUGCUGCCCGUGCUCUGCUGCUUGGUGCGUCAGUUCCAAAGCGGACUGACCCAUCAUAUCUCUACCUCUUCUAUGUUGACUUUGUCUCCAAAGGUGUUUGGUUGUGUCGUCUAUGUUCACCUCCAUCAGAAUCAGAGGAGUAAGCUGGACCCAUGUGCUAUUCGCUGUGUCUUUUUGGGUUUCUCUCCUCAUCAGAAAGGUUACCGAUGCUAUCAUCCUACAACCCGACGUCUAUAUGUCUCUAUGGACGUUACCUUUGUUGAGGAUGAAAUGUUCUUUUCUGAUACACCUGAGCAUGUCCUUCAGGGGGAGACUAGUAGUGAAGGACAUAACUGGCUAGAUUUACAAGGGGGAGUAGUAUUGGAUAGUUUGAUACAAAGGGAAGAACCAACUGAACCUGUUGAACUUGCUACACCGGCCGAAUAUGCUACACUAGCUGAACCUGCUAUUUUAACUGAUGUCACUACUGUCACUAAAUCAAUUGCCCCCCAUGAAGCUUCUCUAAUAGUACCCAAUCAAGCUCCCCUGGAUAUUCCUGAGGUUAUCUCCUGA